AUGUCUCACACAGUGGGGGCUUUCAUCGCAGCCCCAAGAACGACCAACACAUUGGCCGAACUCAGGCUCAAAACUGUUUGCGUCAGCGGUGUUCAGCAAUCUCUUGAUUCCGUGGCCCAGCUGUUGAGCCUACAGGAGGUGGUGCUGGCGGACUUCGGCGCUGCUGCAAAAUGCGGCAGAGCCAUGCCUGUGGUGGCUCCGGCAUGUAUCGAGGACAUAGCUCCCAUGUUUGAGUUGUGCGGUUCGUGCGUGAAGGUGGGCACGCCGCUCUACCUGCCUCCAGAGGCAUUUCGGAGGCGGGACUACAGGAUACCUUCGGGUACCGUGUUCUAUGGCGAAGGCUUUGAGUCGCUGGCCAGGGGCUUGCAGGGACCGGCAGGCGACGUCUGGUCCUGCGGCGUGGGGGCCUGA